UAGGACAGGUUUCGUUUCGGACCUUCACGAAACAAUGGUUUUAAAGCGCCCAGGACUAUAUUACAGCUGUUAUUAAUUUAAAGCAAGCCAGCUGUGGUUGUAGAAUCUCGAUUAGAGAAAAGAGUGAAUCAAAACUGACUGAUGGAGAGCUAUCUUGAUCGAUAAAGAUGGAGCAGCAUGAAAACAACCAGACCACACAGGUACCAGAUGUCAGGACGAAAACCUGCCAGUCGCCUAGCCUUCACCAGAACGAUAAAGUACUGUAUCGGAAUGAACCGAAGAAAGAUAAUAUCACUUGCCAUCAUUGUGGAAAACGUUUUACAAAACAAGGAAGCCUUAAGCAGCACAUGAGAAUCCACACUGGAGAGAAACCGUUCACCUGCCCUCAGUGUGGAAUGAGUUUCAGAUUGAAACAAAGCCUUGAUGUUCACAUCAGAAGUCACACCGGAGAAAACCCUUUCAACUGCUCAGAGUGUGGAAAGAGUUUCACAGCCAAACAAAGCCUUAAAAUCCACAUUAAAAUUCACACUGGAGAGAAGCCUUUCACCUGCCCCCAGUGUGAGAUGAGCUUCUCGCUACAAGAAUACCUUAAACGCCACAUAAGAACACACACCGGAGAGAAGCCGUUCACCUGCUCUCAAUGUGGAAAGAGAUUCAGAUUGAAACGAAGCCUUGACAGUCACAUGAGCGAUCACACUGGAGAGAAGCCUUUCACCUGCCCUCAAUGUGGAAAGAGUUUUACAGUAAAACAAAACCUUGAAAAUCACAUGAGAAUUCACACUGGAGUGAGGCCAUUCUCCUGCCCCAAGUGUGGAAAGAGAUUCACAGUGAAACAAAGCCUUGAUAAUCACAUGACCAUUCACACUGGAGAAAAGCCGUUCACCUGCCCUCAAUGUGGAAAGAGUUUCGCUGUAAAACGAAACCUCGAGUAUCACAUUAGAAUUCACACUGGAGAGAAGCCUUUCGUCUGUCCUCAAUGUGGGAACAGUUUCGCAAUGAAAAACAACCUUGGGAGACACAUGAAACUUCACAUUGGAGCAAAGCCUUUCACCUGCUCCGAGUGUGGAAAGAGUUUUGCAGUGAAAUAUGGCCUUGAGAUUCACAUGAGAAUUCACACCGGAGAGAAGCCUUUCAUCUGCUCUGAUUGUGGAAAGCGUUUCACAGUGAAGCAAAGCCUUGAGAGUCACAUGAGAAGUCACAUUAGAGAGAAGUCUUACAGCUGCUCAGAGUGUGGAAUGAGUUUUACAGUAAAACGAGGCCUUGAGAGACACAUGAGGACUCACACUGGUGAAAAGCUUUUCAUCUGCCCCCAGUGUGCGAAGAGCUUCACGCAACAUGGACACCUUAAACGUCACAUGAGAAUUCAUACUGAAAAGAAACAGAGUGGGGGAAUCUCUUCCUCCGCCUGUGUGCAGCAUCCAUCAGAAUGAAGUCACUGCAGUCAUAGUGUAUCAGAAACCCUACCAGCUAUCAGAGGAGAGAGAUUUAGUCAAUAUUUUAUAUAAUUAGAAAGCUGGUGUGUGGUGGGCGUUCUGGCGCAAUAUGGC